CCUUUGAGUUGUUUAAAGUUCAACGUGAGAAAAAAAAGUUGAUAAGAAUGAAAGUCAAGACGACAGUUUUUGGUUUUAUUUUGUUGUUCAACUUUACAUUUUCUGAGCAACUUAAUUGCAACUUUGAACUUCGAAACCGCGACUGGUAUUUUCCAAAUCAAACACUUCACCAAUGCAUUAUCGAACAUCAAAGCAUUGUUACUCGUGGAAUGACAAUCUCAAAGAAUUCAAGUCAGCAUGUUGAAGUGCUAAGAAUAGAACAUGAAAGUCUUCUUGUGAAGUUCAUUCCUGGCGGAAUUGCAGAUUCAUUUGAAAACAUCAAAGCAAUUCGAAUUUUAAAUACUUCGAUCGAUGAACUCUUCUCAGGCGACUUUAAAAAUCUUAAUGACUUGGAAUAUCUUUAUCUUGGCUUUAAUCAGAUUGACACCAUACACAAAAACGUUUUUCAAGAUCUACACAAAGUGAAUUAUCUUAAUUUGGAUAACAACAAGCUUUUGUAUAUCGGAUCAGAUUGGUUCAAGUGUCUAACGAACCUUAAUGAACUUUAUUUGCGUGGUAAUCAAAUUGAAAUGUUGAGUUCCAAAGCGUUUUACACGUUGUCGAAUCUGAAACUUCUGAAUGUCUUUGAUAAUAAAAUUUCUUUACUAGCGGAUGAAACAUUCGAUUCUCUAGUCAACUUGGAAGAAUUGAACGUGGGAAGCAAUAAACUUGAAAGUAUCGGAAAAGGAUUAUUGAAGAAUAACGAGAGACUUCAGAAGCUUUCGUUUUGCUACAACAAAUUAAAUUCAAUUCCUUCGGAAGCUUUCAAUGAGAUGAAAAAUCUCGUCGAAGUCGAUCUGGAGAAAAAUGAGUGCAUCAAUGAAUUUUAUAAUCAAAGCAGUUUAGAAACAAUGAAAGUCGAUUUGGGAAAGAAUUGUCUGCCAUUGAGUGAUCAUUUAAAUGAAUGUAGAUCAAGUGAAAAAGAUUUGAUUGAGAAGAUUAAAGCCAUUGAGAACAGUCACGUCUCAAAAGAAUGAAAAUGUUUUUGAGAAUGUAAAUAAAAGAGAUUUCUGACACAAC